GUCGAUAUCCUCCAUCAGCUGGGCCUCACCGGCAGCAGAGAGACUCUCUCCUCUGGGAACAGCUCCUCUCCCCCCUCCUCCCCCUCUCCUCCAUCCUCACCCCCAGGAGCCGGGAUCCUACUCAGCCUGGAUGCCCACAUUGAAGCCCCCACGGGGGGCCUGUUCCCGCCGGAGCUCGGUGAGGAGUUUUCUGUUGUGGUGAGCCUAAGCUCCUGGCGAGUGAACAAUGCUUUCCUUUUCAGUGUGCGUGAUGGCAGGAACAAGCUGCAGUUUGGCAUCCAGCUGCUGCCCAGGAAGGUGGUCGUGUACACUGCCGAGAAGACCUCCGUCUACUUCACCUAUGACGUGCACAAUGGGCGUCAGAACUCGUUCGCUGUGGGCGUGCGUCCACGCUCGGUGUCGUUCCAUGCGGACUGCGGAGCGGUGCAGCAGAGAGAGCAGACUCUGACCCGGUCGCAGACGCUGGGGUCAGGAUCCGGAGGCCUACUCACCUUAGGAAGGAUGAACUCUAAAGCAGCUCAGUUCCAGGGCCUCAUAUGCCAGCUGGACAUCUACCCCUUGGCCCAGGCUGCUGCGCGCUACUGCGACUACCUUAAAAAACAAUGCCGGCUGGCCGAGACAUACAGAUCGCCCCCCGGCUCGGAUAUGGAGGUUUCCAGCUACCUGGCUUUCUCUCCUAUUCCUCUUUCUCUAGAGUCCCAGAUGGUGGUGCCCCCCUUCCUGGCUGUAGACUCCCACACCCAGCAGACCUCCACCCCAGCCGGAUCAGCCCCCAUUCCCUCUUUGGAGGGGUCCGGAACACCGUAUUUAAGCCCCUCAGAGCAGCCUCACCUGGGGGUCAGGAUCCAGACCCAGAGCUCCCUGCUAGAGCACCUCAACUCCAUCCAUACCCCCGUCACUGCUGGCCACAACAGCCUGUCCUCAGGCACCCUCAGUGGGCUGGAGGCCCUGGGCAUCACCCGUAGAAGUACCACCCCCAGCUCCAGAUCCAGCCCAUCAAGGGGCUCAACCAGGAAGUCUCCCCAGUCUGACAAUGACAUGGAGGAGAGGAGCCCCAGGAGGCCCCAAUGGGUCACCACCGACACCCCAGGCCUAAACUCCCCUGUUGGGCAGAGCCGCUUGAAUGAUGGCCUGAGGAACAGCUCCAGCUCCCGGCCUAGGGACUCUAACCCCCAGCUCCAGCUCGCUGACCACCUCCUGGACACCCAGUUCAGAACCAACGGCACCAGCCUGUACCGGGAGAAUCAGGUGGAGACCUCAGAAGAGCAUGGCCAGGAAGGGGCCUACGAUGUGGAAAUGGGAGGCUACGACUAUGGAUAUGAGGAUCCAGACUACUUCUACGGAGACUAUGACGGAGCUUUCCCAGGACCCAAAGGAGACCCAGGUCCUCCGGUAAUUAUGAUAAUAGAUUGAGAGAAUGUUAGAAACAGGUCUUUAACCUCUUAAGGAUCGGUCCCUUAUUUUCAAUUAUCGUCUAAAAUGACAUACCCAAAUCUAACUGCCUGUAGCUCAGGACCUGAAGCAAGGAUAUGCAUAUUCUUGAUACCUUUUGAAAGGAAACACUUUGAAGUUUGUGGAAAUGUGAAAUUAAUGUAGGAGAAUAUAACACAUUAGAUCUGGUAAAAGAUUAUACGAACAAAAAACAUUAUACAAUAUUGUUCCAUCAUCUUUGAAAUGCAAGAGAAAGGCCAGAAUAUAAUAUUGCAAUUUAGGCGCAAUUUUGCAGUGUGUGUGCAAAGUUUCAGAUUGAUCCAGUGAAGCAUUGCAAUACUGGACUAUAUUAUUGUGGCCCUGGUCGCACAAAAUAAUCAAAGGUCUGACUGCACGGAGAUGCUUGGGAAAAAUGGUUACAAUGGGGGACUAGAGUGUUAGUGUUUCAGGGGAAGAGGGUGGAUCUGAUCUCCAUCACCUAGGACUUGACAUAGGUUAAUCAAAUCUCAAUUUUUUGUCAAUUUUUUCUCAAUCUUGCAUGCUUUCUCAAACUGCUGUAACUGUAUAUGCAUUCGUAAAUCAGGUCCUUUCUUGAGUUGGGCUCUGGGAUGUAACAACCGUUGAGCAUCUGAGCUUAUGGUUGAUUGUGGAGGAAAGGGGUUGAGUGUGUAAGAGUAUGUGCAUGUGUGUGUGUGUGUGUGUGUGUGUAUCCCACAUCUGUUGCAAGGGGGUAAGGAUGUUAGGGAGAAUAUAGGAUGAACCACAAUAAUUGUUUGCUAAAAUAAUAAUUGCUUGACAAAAAUGUAAUGUAAUACAAUUGCAAUCCGGGUUAUAGGUAACAAUCCUUCGCAUGAACUGCCGACAUUAUUACGCAUAUUAAUUGAUAAUUAUGGAAAUUAAGAUAUGCAAGAUAUUUGAAUAGAUAUAUAUUUUAAAUAGCUAUAUAUAUAUAUAUAUAUAUAUAUAUAUAUAUAUAUAUAUAUAUAUAUAUAUAUAUAUAUGGAGGUGAGAGCAUUGGAAAUGCUUUUGGCGGUUGACCUGCUUCUGUUUUGUGGGUGGCACUGUGCUGUUUUCGAAGGAUGGAUCCGGGAGGACGGGGGUGGUAUACCGAUAACUGGGAUGACAACCAAACUUGGGAUGGGGAGGGGCUUUAGUGGGGGGAAUAGUGGAGAACAAUUGGAGAGUUACUUAGUCGCAAUGCAAAUAUCAUGGGACAGCUAUAUGGAUACUCAAUCGCUAUGGUAUUUUUUAUUGGUACAUUUACAAUCAUAUAUUAUGAUAAAUAGAUUUGAAACUUGUAUCUCAUUAUGGUAAGUGGUGAAAUAAGUAUAGCCAGUUAUAAUUGUAAUGGCUUAGCAGAUAAUAACAAAAGAAGUACAAUAUUUACAUGGCUCAAAGAGAAGGAAUAUAAUAUAUAUAUAUUGUUUACAGGAAACUCAUUCAACAAUUCAAGAUGAAGUUGUGUGGAAUAAGAACUGGGGGGGGGGCAAAUAUACUUCUCCCAUGGGCAAAUAAACUCAAAGGGGGUUAUGAUAUUAAUUAACAGUAAUUUCGAUCCGUAUAUGCAAAUUUUCCAAUCAGAUCCGCAAGGUAGAUGGAUGACUUUAAAUAUGUUAUUGGACCAUGAACAGAUAUUAACCUUUAUGGACCAAAUAAUGAUGAGCCACUCUUCUUUGACAAUAUAUAUAGUAAACUAUCAACCCUGCAAGCAAUACAAGACUAUAUUAUUAUGGUGGGAGAUUAUAAUACCGUUUUAAAUAGCUCAGUGGACCGUAAAGGAAAUCACACUACAAACUAUCACCCUCAUGCUCUUAAGGAAAUCAUGAAUGUCAUGGAUACAUUAGAACUAGUAGAUAUAUGGAGGCUUAAAUAUCCUGAUCUAGUGAGAUAUACAUGGCGGAGACUCAAUCAAGCUAGUCGUCUUGACUUCUCUCUUAUGUCAUUCUCGUUGGCACCAAAAGUUUAAAAAGUGUUGAUAGGGGACAGAAUACGGUCAGACCAUCAUAUAAUUGGCAUAUACAUUACUCUUACUGAAUUUCCACGUGGGCGAGGAUAUUGGAAAUGUAAUCAAAGCCUAUUGGAUGAUAACUUGUUUUUAACUAGGACCGAGAAAUUUAUAACUGAUUUUUUCCAACAUAACAUAGGUACAGAAAAUCCCCUUAUUGUAUGGGACACCUUUAAAUGUGCCUUUAGAGGCAAUGCAAUUCAGUACUCAUCUCGAAAACAAAAGCAAUUUAGGUCAAAAGAGUCCAUACUAACAAAGGAAAUAGAAGGUCUAACAGAGCAGAUAGAUAGCAAUAAAAACUGUAACAUAGAGGCUCAGAAUAAAUUAGAGGAAAAACAAAAAUAAAUGGAGAAACUUAUUCAAGAAAGAUCAAGUGUAAUAUAUUAUAAAAAUAAAGCUAACUGGAUGGAAUAUGGGGGAAAAUGCACCAAAUUCUUUUUUAAUCUUCAACAUAGGAAUGCUACCAAAAAUAAUUUAUUGAAACUGGUUACAAAUGACGGAGUCACCCAUUAUUCACCAAAUUAUAUUUUGAAGGAGGAAACAAAGUACUUUAAGCACAUGUUUUCAUUUCAGUCGCCUCCAUCUCCUCUAACUGAAGCAAAUUGUAGAGAUUUUUUUCUAUUGAUAAUAUAAAAUUAACAGCCAUACAGAAAGACUCAUGUGAAUGUGAAAUUACAGAGGAGGAACUUCUGGAUGCAAUUAAAGACUUUAAGUCUGGGAAAACUCCAGGGUUGGAUGGCAUACCAGUCAAGGUAUACCAAACCUUUUUUGAUAUACUCAGAGGACCGUUAUUAGCAUGUUUUAACCACUCUUAUGUAAAUGAUAGAUUAUCAGACACUCAAGAAGAAGGCCUAAUUUCAUUAUUACUGAAACAGGAUACAAGUGGAAAAUAUAAAGAUCCAGUCCAUUAAAAAAAUUGGCGGCCCCUUACACUUCAGUGUUGUGAUGCAAAAAUGAAUAGCGCAUAGAAUUAAAAAGGUAUUGUCAGACAUUAUUAAUUCUAAUCAGACAGGUUUUUUACAUGGGCGAUACGUUGGAGAUAAUAUAAGGCAAGUACUGGAAACAAUAGAACACUAUGAAAAAUCUGGGAAGCCAGGCCUACUAUUCAUAGCAGACUUCGAAAAGGCAUUUGAUAAAGUACGACUGUGGUUUAUAUAUAAAUGCCUGGAGCAUUUCAAUUUUGGACAAUCUCUUAUAAAUUGGGUUAAAAUCAUGGUCCUCUGUAGCUCAAUUGGUAGAGAAUGGCGCUUUUAAUGCCAGGGUAGUGGGUUCGAUCCCCGGGACCACCCAUACGUAAAAAUGUAUGCACACAUGACUGUAAGUCGCUUUGGAUAAAAGCGUCUGCUAAAUGGCAUAUUAUGUAUAGUAACCCUAGGUGUAAAAUAGUAAAUAAUGGUGAUUUCUCAGAAAGUUUUAAACUGUCAAGAGGAGUGAAACAAGGUUGUCCACUAUCGGCAUAUCUAUUUAUUAUUGCCAUCGAGAUGUAAGCUAUUAAAAUCAGAUCCAACAAUAAUAUCAAGGGAUUAGAAAUCCAGGCCUUAAAAACAAAGGUGUCAUUGUACGCUGAUGAUUCAUGUUUUCUUUUAAAUCCACAACUUGAAUCCCUCCACAGCCCCAUAGAGGAUCUAGAUACAUUUUCUAACCUCUCUGGAUUACAACCAAAUUAGGAUAAAUGUACUAUAUUACGUAUUGGAUCACAAAAAAAUACAAUUUUUACAUUACCAUGUAGUUUACCAAUAAAAUGGUCUGAUGGUGAUGUGGAUAUACUUGGAAUACAUAUCCCAAAUGAAAUAAAUGAUCUCACUCCAAUACAUUUUAAUAGAAAGUUAGCAAAAAUAGAUAAGAUCUUGCUACCACGGAAAGGUAAAUACCUGUCAAUUUGUGAAAAAAUCACCCUGAUUAACUAUUUAGUAUUAUCCCAGUUCAUCGAUUUGCUUAUGGUCUUGCCUACGCCUAGCGAACAGUUUUUUAAAUUAUAUGAGACAAAAUAAUUCCAUUUUAUUUGGAACGGCAAGCCAGACAAAAUUAAACGGGCCUAUUUAUAUAAUGAAUAUGAAUUAGGAGGACAGAAAUGAUUAAAUAUUAAAAAUUAGACCUAUCACUAAAAGCUUCAGUCAUACAAAAAUUAUACUUAAAUCCAAACUGGUUCUCUAGCAAACUAGUAAGAUUGUCUCACCCAAUGUUCAAGAAGGGAUAGAUUACAACCCCUUUAUUCAGAUUACAACCCCUCAAUUUCAGGUAUUUGAAAAGGAAAUAAUCUCCCAAAUAUCACUAUUUCUAAAACAAGCCAUAGAAAGUUGGUUGCAAUUUCAAUUUAAUCCUCCAGAAAUGACAGAACAAAUAUUGCAACAAAUAUUGUGGUUAAACUCAAAUAUACUAAUUGAUUUAAAAAAUAUAAUCUUCGUAAAUCUUCGUAAAUUAUAUUAUCGGUAGGAAUGGUGGAGUUAUGUCGCACAUGCAGCUAACAAAAACAUAUGGAAAUGUCUGCUCUACCCAAAAUUACAACCAAAUAAUUGCAGCAUUACUGCAAAAAUGGAAGAGGAAAGUGGAAGGAGGAAAAAGUAAUGAACUUGUCUGUCGGCCUUGCAUCAAAGAACAUAAUUGGUUAAAGAAAAUUGUGAUAAAUAAAAAGGUUUACCAGUUUCAUUUAAGGACCAAAAGAUUGACAGCCAUCCCAUAUAGACUGCAAAAUAGUUGAGAAGAGAUUUUUGACAUACCGAUUCCAUGGCAUAGUGUUUAUGAACUGAUACGCAAAACGACGCCGGAUUAAAAACUUAUAAUUUUUCAAUUGAAAUUAUUAUAUAGAAUUCUUGUUACGAAUAGAAUGUUAUUUGUAUGGGGGAUACAAUCUUCCCAGCUCUGCAGAUUUGGCUGUGAAGAGACAGAAUCAUUAGAUAAUUUGUUUUGGUACUGUCUAUUUGUAGCUUGUUUCUGACACAGGUUCAGGAAUGGCUGAAGGAUUGCAAUAUUUGCAUGGAGUUGACCCUGCAGAUAGCACUAUGGGUGAUCUGAAAAGUCAUAGUCAAUCGAUCAAUAAUAUAAUAAUACUUUUAGCAAAGAUUUUUAUUUUCAAUUCACAAACUGUAGAAACAAUGAGAAUAGAAAUAUUCAGAACUUUUGUAAAACAUCACAGUACAGUUGAAAAAUAUAUGGCAAAUAGAAAUCCAAUAUGGAUGGUUGUCACGAUCGUUUACGGACGAGACGGACCAAGGCGCAGCGUGAUAUGCAUUCAUAUUUAUUUACGUACUGAACACACGACAAAACAACAAACGAAACGUGAAGUCCAAGGUAGACAAAAAAACAUACCUCACACGGAACAAGAUCCCACAACUAACAUGUGCCAAAAGGCUGCCUAAGUAUUGUCCCCAAUCAGAGACAACGAGUGACAGCUGCCUCUGAUUGUGAACCACACAGGCCAACAUAGAUCUAGAAUACUAGAAUCUAACAUAGAACAAACCCAACACAGAAAAUACACACCCUGACUCAACAAAUACAAGUCCCUUGAGUCAGGGUGUGACAAUGGUGUUAAGAGAUAGAUGGGAGGAGUUGAAUGGAGCUGAAGGAUGGGACUAAUAACAACAACUAAUAACAACAAGAUAACUAGUGUAAGUCAUGCUGUGUCCAUAAUAAGUAUAUAGGUUAUAUAUUGUGAGCUUUUGUGAAAGAGCACAGUUAGAAAGAUAUGGCAUAUAGAAGCAUACCAGAAGGACAUCAUGAAAAUGAUCGGAGGAAGUUCAGGAGUAAAAACAAACAAAAUAUAAUUAGUGACUGUGUCUAUAAAAUGUAUAUAUUAUGUAUAAGCAUGAAGUAGAGGCCUAAGCAUUGUUGUUCACUAGUUUACUCCAAUUAAGGAGGGGAUGGUGGGGUUGGAAAGUAAUAAAGGGAAAUGAAGUGGGGAAAAAAAGUAUUUAGUCAGCCACCAACUGUGCUAAAAAGAUGAGAGAGGCCUGUAAUUUUCAUCAUAGAUACACGUCAACUAUGACAGACAAAUUGAGAAAAGAAAAUCCAGAAAAUCACAUUGUAGGAUUUUUAAUGAAUUUAUUUGCAAAUUAUGGUGGAAAAUAAGUAUUUGGUCACCUACAAACAAGCAAGAUUUCUGGCUCUCACAGACCUGUAACUUCUUCUUUAAGAGGCUCCUCUGUCCUCCACUCGUUACCUGUAUUAAUGGCACCUGUUUGAACUUGUUAUCAGUAUAAAAGACACCUGUCCACAACCUCAAACAGUCACACUCCAAACUCCACUAUGGCCAAGACCAAAGAGCUGUCAAAGGACACCAGAAACAAAAUUGUAGACCUGCACCAGGCUGGGAAGACUGAAUCUGCAAUAGGUAAGCAGCUUGGUUUGAAGAAAUCAACUGUGGGAGCAAUUAUUAGGAAAUGGAAGACAUACAAGACCACUGAUAAUCUCCCUCGAUCUGGGGCUCCACGCAAGAUAUCACCCCGUGGGGUCAAAAUGAUCACAAGAACGGUGAGCAAAAAUCCCAGAACCACACGGGGGGACCUAGUGAAUGACCUGCAUAGAGCUGGGACCAAAGUAACAAAGCCUACCAUCAGUAACACACUACGCCGCCAGGGACUCAAAUCCUGCAGUGGCAGACGUGUCCCUCUACUUAAGCCAGUACAUGUCCAGGCCCGUCUGAAGUUUGCUAGAGUGCAUUUGGAUGAUCCAGAAGAGGAUUGGGAGAAUGUCAUAUGGUCAGAUGAAACCAAAAUAGAACUUUUCGGUAAAGACAAAGAAUGCUGAGUUACAUCCAAAGAACACCAUACCUACUGUGAAGCAUGGGGGUGGAAACAUCAUGCUUUGGGGCUGUUUUUCUGCAAAGGGACCAGGAUGACUGAUCCGUGUAAAGGAAAGAAUGAAUGGGGCCAUGUAUCGUGAGAUUUUGAGUGAAAACCUCCUUCCAUCAGCAAGGGCAUUGAAGAUGAAAUGUGGCUGGGUCUUUCAGCAUGACAAUGAUCCCAAACACAUAUAUAUAUAUAUAUACUGGACUAUUUUGUAUGAAGUCUGCCCAAAUGUGCCGAAUUGGUCAAUUGAUACAUUUUCAAGUACAUAACUAUAGAGAACAUACAAAAAUGAUAUGGUAAUACAAAAUGUAAGUUUACACACUCCCAGGAACGUCAUAAAUAAUGGAUCGUUAAAUUAUACACUAACUUUCAUGCAUCUAGGUGGCCGGGCGGGGUGGGUGUGGAGCCAGUGACAGCAGGGGUUCAAACUGUAGAACCCAGUUCCUACAUUUGAAUAUAAAAAUGGAUUUUAUCAAACAAAACUCUGCUACAUUUUAUCUCUGGGACCCUUAGGAUGACAAAUCAGAGCCAGAUUACUGAAUGUAAAUACAUUAUUUACCUUCAGGAGUGAAUGUAUCAAACCAGUUGGCGUGAUCAUUUUUGUUGUUGUUGUUGUUGUGCACUCUCCUCAAACAAUAGCAUGGUAUUUUUUUACUGUGUUAGCUACUGUUAAUUGGACAGUGCAGUUAGAUUAACAAGAAUGUAAGCUUUCUGCCCAUAUAAGACAUGUCUAUGUCCUGGAAAGUUUGCUGUUGCUUACAACCAGGGGCGGUGUGUUCAAUAGGGCGAUAUGGGCGACGCACUGCCAAACGGGAAAAGGAAGGGAUUUUUUUUCUAAUCAAUUAUAUCACGGCAACAGUAGUUAUCAGUGUUGUAAUCUAGACGUCUGAUCUGCCACAGUGCCACACUGCCACUAAAUGUCCAAUCAGGCUAAAGUCGUGCUUCAAAUGGCCCCCCCCCCUUUUGGGGCGAUUUCAGUCAGGUUGAAAAUCGCCCAGAAGUCUGUCAUAGACUCCCAUGUAAAAUCUAUUUUUUUCAAAUUUCAGAGCUUUCAAUACAAUCUCUAUGGGUUUCUGAGGGCUUGCACUUACGCGCUUUCGUCAUACGUAACGUAACCAUGAACGUAACUAAGAAAAGAGCGUGUAGCAGCAUCAAUCAAUUCACGUACUACUAUCAAGAUGGCUAUAGCGUUCAGUGCAACUCGAUUGUCUCUUUGAAAGAAGUUCACAUCAAAGAGACAACCACAAAGUGCAGGAGCGCUUUUUUGAGUUCCUUCCCAUCUCGGAAUCAACCUCAGUCUCAAUCACCAGUGUGCUUUUGGAGAGACUGAACGGUCUUUUUGCCGACGACGUGAAAGUCAAACUCAUUGCGCAAGCUUACGAUGGAGCCAGUGUGAUGAGGCGAGAGAAGGCAAAAGGUGCGUGAGCAUUUCAAGAAAGGCCAUUACGUGCAUUGCUAUGCGCAUCAGCUGAAUUUGAUCAUGCAGCAAGCUAAAAAGUAACUAGUAAACUAGUCCUCAGCAUGCCUGAUUUCAAUGAGAAAGUCAUUGACCGCUUUGCUGCAUUGAAAGAGAGAAGAGAACAGUUUCAGUACAAGUAAUGCUUGCCUAUUGUCCUGUAGCCCAUCCCAGCCUAGUGCAGGUCUACAAUUUUAUCCCUGAUGUCCUUACACAGCUCUCUGGUCUUGGCCAUUGUAGAGAGGUUGGAGUCUGUUUGAUUGAGUGUGUGGACAGGUGUCUUUUAUACAGGUAACGAGUUCAAACAGGUGCAGUUAAUACAGGUAAUGAGUGGAGAACAGGAGGGCUUCUUAAAGAAAAACUAACAGGUCUGUGAGAGCCGGAAUUCUUACUGGUUGGUAGGUGAUCAAAUACUUAUUUCAUGCAAUAAAAUGCAAAUGAAUUACUUAAAAAUCAUACAAUGUGAUUUUCUGGAUUUUUGUUUUAUAUUCCGUCUCUCACAGUUGAAGUGUACCUAUGAUAAAAAUUACAGACCUCUACAUGCUUUGUAAGUAGGAAAACCUGCAAAAUCGGCAGUGUAUCAAAUACUUGUUCUCCCCACUGUAUGUAUAUAUAUAUAUAUAUAUAUAUAUUUAUGUAUGUGUAUAUAUAUGUAUGUGUAUAUGUAUGUAUGUAUGUAUGUAUGUAUAUAUGCAUAUAUAUAUAUAUGCGAGAAAAAAAAAGAAAAAACAUAUGGGGGAUUGGAAGUGAUGCAGACAAUUACAUUGAUGGAAGUUACAAUCUAUCUGCAAUAUUAUAGUUGACCUAUAUAUAUAUAUAUAUACUGGACUAUUUUGUAUGAAGUCUGCCCAAAUGUGCCGAAUUGGUCAAUUGAUACAUUUUCAAGUACAUAACUAUAGAGAACAUACAAAAAUGAUAUGGUAAUACAAAAUGUAAGUUUACACACUCCUAGGAACGUCAUACAUAAUGGAUCGUUAAAUUAUACACUAACUUUCAUGCAUCUAGAUGGCCGGGCGGGGUGGGUGUGGAGCCAGUGACAGCAGGGUUCAAACUGUAGAACCCAGUUCCUACAUUUGAAUAUAAAAAUGGAUUUUAUCAAACAAAACUAUGCUAUAUUUUAUCUCUGGGACCCUUAGGAUGACAAAUGCUAAUCACAUUAGCGCACUUUAGCUCAACAGUCCCGUAUACGGGACACUGAUCCCGUACAGUUUAAAGUGUGUUUCCCGCAAGUCAGAGCAGAGGUGUGCAUGAGCAAUGGGGGAGAAUUACAAUACAUAAGCAAUUAAGCCUAAUUUAUGGCGAUUACGCCUUGAGUAUUCUGUUUGCCCUCUUUCUCAAACACACUCAAUAAAGCCUAAAUAAUUAAUUUAAAAACAUUAAGAAAAGGUGAUGGUGUCGAAGCACUUUUGUUUCAUGUAUCAACAGGUGGUUAAAAUUACACGUCAUUCCUCUUGAAAUACUGCCAGUGACUCGUCCUUGCUCUUGUGAGAGUGGGGAGGGGGAUAAUUUAUAACUUACGGUUGCUUCUAUAGCCUACUGACAAAAUAGCAUCCAACAGGCUGACGUCAGCUAGCUAGCUGUAGAGCUAGUUUUUCUUCUCUUCAGUGAGAACAAGACUAUAGCAUUCUGUCAUGGCAGCCUGUAAGGGACACAGCUGAUUGAGGUGUUUCCAAGUCAGAGGUGUUGCUGCUCAACCUUUCUCCUAAGGACUUAAAGCCAAAUCUGUCAUUUAUUUGACCAUUGAACAGCGGUAACUAUAAUUAUUGCAGAUUGCACCUUUACCGAGAGUAAGUCCGAAACCUAACUUCUGUUUCUCUCAUUCAACUCCAUGAGCCUAGAGCUGGUAGACAAAUGUUGAGGAGGCCAAGCAAAACUGGUUUCCAGGAGGUAAUAAGUCAAGGAGACAGAUAUUUACUUGUUUUUCCAUCCUCCUUGACUGAGCUAUGUGUUGUGAAAAUGCAGCCAUUUCUUAGCAGUACUCUCUGACAGGCUCCAUGUUUAGGAUGUAGGGUCAGCGCUAGGGCAAUGGGUCAGUGUGUGAUUGUGAUGUCACCACAUCCCAUCCUGCACUCAGAGCUCCAGAUUGAGAAUAUGGCUAUGUUCCAUUCAUCGUUCUCCUUUGCUCCAUGCUCUCCCAUGUUCAGUACUCCAUUUGCCUGCUCUGGAGCAUGGAAGUAGAGUGAAUGGAACACUGAUAGUAUCUCAGCCUCAGAUAGGCUUUGGCUUUGGCUUUGGCUCUGGCUCCAGAUAGUCAGUAUAGAAGCAUACAGUAAACACAGGUGCUGUAUAUGAAUAACCCUUUAACCCUUUAUUGUAACCCUUUAUUUUACAGCCUAUUAUUUAGCAGAUACCUAGCUAGCGCAUAACGUUCUGAGAACCAUAUGUUUCUAGGAGCUUGGUGAGCGAGUGGUUGUCCUAUGGUCAUUUUGCAUACAACCUUCCCACAACGUUCUGGGAAUGGUGCAGGAUAGAAGCUUGGCUUUGGAACAUUCUCAGCACAUUUACGGAACUUGACAAAAAAAACUUUAUUUUCUUGGAAUUUCAUUACUUUAAUAGAACGUUUUCCUAAAAGUUCAAACAUGUAACAUUUAAUUGCAAUUUUGGUAAUGUUCUAGGAACAUUCUCCAACUGGUUUGACACUUGGAAUGUUCUCAAAUUGUUCCGAAAACAUUAAGAAACAUAGUUCUUCUGUGGGAAUUUGAGUACUUCAGCAUAAUGUUUUCUACAGGUUUUCUCAUGGUUCUAUUUAAAAUCAUGUUCUCAAAUUGUUCCAAGAAUGUUAAGAAACAACUUCCUUCUGUAGGAAUUUCAGUACUUCUACAGAACAUUACACACAAGUUAGCAUGUGAUUCUAUUUAAUGUCAUAUUUUUGCUACAUUCUGGGAAAGUUCAAAAACAUGGUGUGACUUAAGAGAUGUUUUCAGAACAUUCAGAUAAUGAAUGGUUCUCUUUUAUGUCAGUUCUUGGGAAUAUUCUGGGAUAUUUUAUUUUAUUUUUUUAUUUAUUUUUUUACACAUUAACAGCAAUAAGCUCUAAAUUACGUUCUCAGAAAAUGAAGAAAACUUUCCAUAUAAACCACAAGCAAACUUUAGUAAAAUUCAGAGAACGUUCUAAGAAUGUUAUUUAAAACAUAUACAUUCCGUUAUCAGCAUCAACAAAACUCUCUAUAUCCUCUAUCUUGUUAAGUGUGUUCAGGUGUGUUGGCCGCGCCCACUAAUUGGCCACAGCUGAUCCUAAUGAGUUCUUGUUUCCUUUGAAAUGGGGUCAGUUUGAAUAAAACAAAUGAACAGCUUUGUAUGCAUAAAAAGAUCAUGGUGGCACAGUGGAUUAAUCCAUGAAUAGAGAACAGAAGAUCAAAGGUUUGAAUCUCAGUGAUGCCAUGUCACAAUAAAAAAUAAAUGUCUUUGUAUGAUUAAUGUAUGAUUACAGAAAUUAAUUUACAUGUGUCCUAUCUGUGCUUGAAGUUCCAAAAAGUUAACCCAAAAUAAGCUAGCAGUGUUAUUAAAAGUCUUAUUGAAACAUUCAGUGAAAGUUUUAAGGAAGUUAUUCAAAAACCUCCAAAUAACCAUUAAUAAAAUCUCCCAGGAAAACGUUCAAGGAACCAGAGUAUAUUUUUCUUCAGUUUAACUGGUCAGGAAACUUAUGGCUUCGUUUCUACAACCAACUUCCAAGGAACCCUAUUUUUUAACUGGGUAGUUACUUUGAAAUAACAAAAAUUGCAAUUACCUACUACUUGAUGCAUUAACAUUUUGCUAUUUUGAUUGAGCAUCAUUGAGAAUUGAGAUCCAGGUUGACUCAAUGCUGGUAUGUGAGGAGGAUGUUUGGGGGAGUUCACCCCAGCUGUACAGACACUUCAAAGACACUUUAAGAGGGAGGAAGUACAGAUUACUCAAUCGUCACCUUCAUGAUUCACUUCCUCUCUCUGAAAUACCUUUCACUGCUGGUACUAUUAGUGCUACCUAGCCUUGUUCAACCACAUUAAACAAUAGUGAGUGCAGCAUUCAGUCUGGUUUAUCCAGGCUAAGUGUUACCUAUAGUAGACAGCAAAUUAGCAGAUAUAGUAUGGAACAUACCGUAAAUAUUAAUUUAAGCUAAAUGACACAAGGGGCUGUGCUAUAUUUUCAAUAUAGUCACAGUUUUAGGGUUUUGUUAGGCCCAACACGCAGCCAGCAGCACAGCUGUCAUGCUGCUAAUAUUAUCAACAGAUCUGUGUUUUUUUCGCGUGAAGAAGCCUCAUGGUCUCAGUUGGCCCUGUUGUUAUGGCGAGGAGAAGGCAGUAGUAGUGCACUCACUGUUUCCAUCACUGUGUGUGUGUAGGAGUGUGGCUCAAUGAGCAAGCAGCUGUUUCUGUCUCUGAGACAUUUUCUCUUUGUCCCUCUGAUAUCGACGGAAAGGAAUAGAAUGUGCAGGACUCCCCCAUAACUGCUCGCACGCACAUACACACGCGCACACAGACACACAUACACACAUACACAUACAUUUUUUGAAUGCCUUUGUUUAUUAUUGUGUAUCAUUCCAAAAUAGUUUUUCCAUGACUGUCUGUGUGUGUGUAUUAUGUCCUGACCGUCAUAAUAUUUCAUGCUGCUGUUUAGCAGCUUGCUACAUUGUCAUGGGAGUGUGAUUCCUCACAAAACAAGGUUUUAGAUUUUCACAACAUUUAAUCCAUAGAAGGGCCCUUUGGAGAAAAAUGUUUUGACAUACACUACAGGUCAAACGUUUUAGAACACCUACUCAUUCAAUGGUUUUUCUUUUAGGAGAUGAAGGAAGAAGAAGGAAGAAAAUAAUGAAAAAAAGAAAGGAAAGCAAGUAGAAGAAGAACAGGAAGUGAAAAUAUACAGUACCGGUCAAAAGUUAGGACACACCUACUCAUUCAAGGGUUUUCUUUAUUAUUACUAUUUUCUACAUUGUAGAAUAAUAGUGAAGACAUCGAAACUAAGAAAUAACUCAUAUGGAAUCAUGUAGUAACCAAAAAAGUGUUAAACAAAUCAAAAUAUAUUUUAUAUUUGAGAUUCUUCAAAUAGCCACCCUUUGCCUUGAUUACAGCUUUGCAUACUCUUGGCAUUCUCUCAACCAGCUUCAUGAGGUAGUCACCUGGAAUGCAUUUCAAUUAACAGGUGUGUCUUCUUAGAAGUUAAUUUGUGGAAUUUCUUUCCUUCUUAAUGCGUUUGAGCCAAUCAGUUGUGUUGUGACAAGGUAUGGGUGGUACACAGAAGAAGCCCUAUUUGGCUUGGAUCAGCACAUCAGUCCAUAGAGGAUACAUGAUAACUGCAAGUUACUUUGAAAAGCCUCCAGUUAUCAAUCAUACUUUAAAGGUGCAAGAUGCAGAAAUCGCUCAGCCAUUUCCUGGUUGCUGAAAUAGUUUGCAUAAUUUCAGUUUAUUUGUCAAAACAAUCAGUCAUUGUGUAGAGAAUCAUUGUACCAUCUAAACCGUUGAGAGAUAUAUUUUCCAUAACCAAAAAAAUGAAUUUUCAGCUGUUUGAAGCUGGUGUACAAAACCGAAAGUAAAAGACACAAAAAUGAAACUUAAGAAUGGAAAGCAUAGAAAUAAUGCACAUAGAACUGAUCUACUGCUUCUUAGACUUGCUUUCUACGUGCAUUUGGUCAGGUCUCCCAAAAAGUUACAUAUUGCAGCUUUAACAAAGUACUAAUGCGAAGGCUUUCUGCACCACUGGUAAUCAGUAUUGACAUGUCUGACUUUGACUGUGCAUCUCAGACUCAUCAUCAAAGGAAAUAAGAUUGAUUUCCCAUCUAGUUGACGUUUAUCAUCAGUCUGCCGGACAGAAUGGCUUAGCAGCAUCAAGCCUGCGUGUCCGCCACGGAAACUAUUUACAUUACAAUUAUGUAUGAUUUAAACUGUCCAUUACUUUAUCCCAUCCACUUUAUUUAUAGAUGUAGGAUCUUAAUUUGAUCACACUGUUGCAGGAGAACUUUCUUGCAAUGCAGGACAUUUUAAACGUGUAGUGUAUUUGAGGUUUAAAAAAGGCUUCUGUAGUUUGUAAUUUCCACUUUGAAAUUUCAGACAUAAUUUUCCCUUACAAAAAAUUUAUCAACCCCUACAAAAAUGUCAAUUUAUUAUAAUCCACAUAAUAAUGAACAUUUCCUGUUGCUGCAGGAUUAGUUUCCUGCUGUAGCAAACUGGCUCAAAUUAAGAUCCUACAUCUGGAUCCCGUUUGAGAGAGCCAAGCUGAAGUCUGACUUGUUUGCAAGUUAGCUCCUUACUCCACAUCUCUGUUGAUGUGUGCAUUUGUGUGAGUUUGUUAUGCGUUGGAUAGAAAAAAAGCUGCCACAUAACAUACCAGGUUUAAUGUAAUCAAAGUCAUGUUUUACAAGUGCUGUACUAGAAUCUUCAGUUCCAACUCUGGAAUAUAAAAGUUUUGAGCACAUUCGUUUUUUUUCCCUUUCUUUCUCCUUUUACAUCUUGGGUCCAAAAGAACAGGAAGUGGAAUCAUACCAUGUGUUUCCUCCAUGGUUGUUUUUUCACGACAAAGAGUUUAUCUUAAUCCCAGAACUGGCUUGUGGCAUCGUACUUCAGGCUCAUCUAGACGAUGUAACAUGAUAUCACCAUCCUCUCAGAGCUUUACUAUUAGCGAUUUGGAGUUUAAAAAAACAUUUGCCUCCUUUGAUUUGAACUUGUCUAGGCCUCUCACAUAAAUACAGUAUCCACCUCCCCACAUCUGCCUGUACAUUAAACAGCAUGUUAUCACUUCUCAAUUAGCACGUUAUUUGUGUGUCUGUAACAUCUCUCAUCUCCUCUUGUUCUUUCUCACUCUCCUUCUCUCUCUUUCUUCUCUCUCUCUCCUCUCUCUCUCUCUCUCUCUCUCUCUCUCUCUCUCUCUCUCUCUCUCUCUCUCUCUCUCUCUCUCUCUCUCUCUCUCUCUCUCUUUGUCACCUCUCUCUCUCUCUCUCUCUUUGUCACUCUCUCUGUAACAGGGUCCUCCUGGUCCCCCUGGUCUACCUGGUCCUGCUGGGAAGAGAGGAGCUCGGGUGAGUACUGUAAACCAUGUGUCACCUGUCACACCUGUGGUCAUGUGACGUCACUGUGAUGCCAUUGUGCUUCUGGAGGUGCCACACCCCUCCUUGAUGUGAUAAACGGAUUGAAAGAAGAUCCCUUUCCCCAGAUUUGUCUUAACCCUAGCAGUCUUGUCUAGUACAGUGCUACAGUGCAUUCGGAAAGUAUUCAGACCAAUUGACUUUUUCCACAUUUUGUUACAUUACAGCCUUAUUCUAAAAUGGAUUAAAUAGUUUGUUUUUUCUCAUCAAUCUACACACAAUUCCCCAUAAUGACAAAGCAAAAACAGCUUUUUAGACAUUUUAGAAAUGUAUUUAAAAUAAAAACAUUUACAUUUCACAUUUACAAAGGUAUUCAGACCCUUUACUCAGUACUUUGUUGAAGCACCUUCUGCAGCGAUUACAGCCUUGAGUCUUCUUUCAAUAAAAUAAAAUAGCCCAUUGGGCGUCUAUUACCAGAAUGCUAACAAAAUUAGCACAAGUACUAGUGAAUUUCUACAGUACUUGCUAAAUAUGCUAACGACCGCAAACGAAAAUAAACUAAUUACAAAGACAGGCAAUCCAGCUCAUAAAGUUCUACAUAUAUACAUAGUAGGUACAGAAUGUAUUUUUUGGUGAGUUUGGACAUUUACAACCAAAUGUGAACGAGAGACAGUGCAAAUGAACAAAGUUUGGACGCAUGCUAGUCUGAAGGAAAAACAGCACUCUGGAGCAGCAUGUGUACAUGCUGUGUCUGUGUGGUGUCUGUAGUCGCUAGGGCAACGACGCUUGCUUUCUCUGAGAAGAGGGGCAGAGGAGCAGACUGAGGGGCCGAGAACCGAAAGGAUAAAAAAUGAAGGACAUCAAGAUAGCAGUGGCAGCUGUACAGAUAACUCAUCCACAGCCCUUUGACUUCUCAAACACAGCAGAAAGCUAACACUAUAUGAUGCCCUAUCUCCUCAUUAAUUCAGCCACUUACUUUGCUAACUAGCAAGUUAAACCAAAUACACAGCUGGACUCACCAGCUCGCGCUUUCUCCCGUUGUGCUAUUUACUAACAAACGUGACUCGCUCAACUGUUCUGAGGUCUGGGGAACUACAUAAAGCUUCAUAAUUUAAAAUAAUGUGACAGGUGAAAUGAAGAACGCAAUCAUUUUACCUCCUAACGUAUUGCACAAGUUGGCUUCAGGUAUUUACAAAAAAAUUGGCUACAAAUAUUCACAUUUAUUGAAAAACCUCAAAGAAAUAGUUUCAACGGUAUUGAAAGUAUUGAAAAACCAUCCCGUGGUAUACAGUAUAUAUACGGUUUACCGCCCAAGCCUUCUUUACUGGCUUUUGGAGCAUCACAUUUUAUUGGUCACAUGCACAGAAUACAACAGGUGUAGUCUUUACCGUGAAAUGCUUCCUUACGAGCCCAUUCCCAACAAUGUAGAGUUCAAAAAGUAAGACAAAUAUUUGCAAAAAUAAAAUAAAUAAAUAGUAACACAAUAAAAUAACAAUAACAAGGCUAUUUUCAAGGAGUACCAGUACCGAGUCAAUGUACAGGGAGGGUAAAGAGGUAGUUGAGGCAAUUGAGGUAAUAUAGUAUGUACAUUUAGGUAGGGGUAAAAGUGACUAGGUAAUCAGGAUAGAUAAUAAACAGAGUAGCAGCAGCAUAUGUGAAGAGUGUGAAAGUGUAUGUGUGAGUGUAUGUGUGAGUGUGUGUGUGGCGUCAAGAUGCUUGUGUGUGUGUGUGUGUGUGUGUGUGUGUGUGUGGCAUCAAUAUGCUUGUGUGAGUGUAGGUGUGAGUGUGUGUGUGUGUGGCAUCAAGAUGCUUGUGUGUGUGUGUGUGUGUGUGUUUUGUGUGUGAGCAUAUGUAAUGUGUGUGUGUAUGUGUGUGUGUUGGAGUAUCAGUGUAGUAUGUGUGAGUGUGUGGGUAGAGUCUAAUGAGUGUGCAUAGAGCCAGUGCAAGAAAAAUAGCAAUACAAAAUAAAUAAUAAAGGGUGUCAAUGCAAAUAGUCUGGGUAUCCAUUUGAUUAACUGUUCAGUAGUCUUAUGGCUUGGGGGUAGAAGCUGUUCAGGAGCCUUUUGGUCCCAGACUUGGCGCUCCGGUACCGCUUGCCGUGUUGUAGCAGAGAGAACGGUCUAUGACUUGGGUGGCUGGAGUCUUUAAAAAAUGUAUGGCCUUCCUCUGAUACCGCCUGGUAUAGAGGUCCUGGAUGGCAGGGAGUUUGGCCCCAGAGAUGUACUGGGCCAAACGCAUUACCCUCUGUAGCGCCUUGCGGUCGAAUGCCGAUCAAUGCCCUGGCAUUUCUGAACUUUCUGCUAUAGAGUGAAUGAUAUACAUUUAUCCUUUGAGAGUGGUAGUAUACCUGGAGUGUGUGUGUGUGCAUCUGUGUGUGUGUGUGUGUGUGCGUGUGCAUGUGUGCGCGCGAGUGCGUGUGCGUAUGUGUGCGAGUGUGUGCUUGUGCCUAUCACAGUUAGCCAGCUAUACUCAGGAAGACCACAGGAGGACCUCUCUCUGUUUUUAACUUUGUAAUGUCUUCUUUAAAACACAUCACGCCUCUUGGUUCCGCUUGUUUGGUGUGUGUCAGACAGGGACCCUCCAGCAGCCAGCCAAGCAGGCAGUAAAAGUUGUCUACAGGUAAACUACUGUAUAAUGGUAAACCCUUGUGGGACCCAACUGUGGAGACAUAUGGUUUGCAUACAGUGUGGUGACCCAUAGAGACAUAGACAGUCGGAGGGAGGCUUCAUUAUGGAGUGGAACACGACUGUAAUGGGUGGUUGUAUCUGUGUGGGCUGCGACCUCUGCUGCCUCAGCAAGAUACAGACCUCCAGACCUCACUGUACUGAACUUACCUGUACUGUACCUUAGCUUAGCCCCACACUCCACAGGUGUAAGCACUUUAUACACACAGAACAGACCCCCACUUGAAGUAAUCUGCUCUGCACUGAGAGAGGGAAGUGAUAGAGAGAGUUAGGAGGAGAGAGUUACAGUGAUAGAGGGGGAGAGAGCGAGACGGGUAGUUAGAUAGAUGGGAGAGGAGGGAGGGAGGCAGAGGGGGAAGAGAGAUCCUUUGUUAUGGGGUUUUACUGGAGUAAAGGGCACAGAAAGUAGAGCACAAGGGGGAGAGGUUGGAGGGCUGGGUGGGAGAAAGAGACUGACACCACAACCCAACCCAGUGUCAAGAGGAUACACAGACACCUGUAAACUGGCUGUGGGUCAUCAUUACCUCUACAUUACGUCUCUGUCAUCGCCUGAUCACAGCCAUUUAUGGUGACUGAUUACUGUUAUGAGAGAGAGCAGAGUCUUACCUCAUGGCUUUAGUUUGUAGUGGGUGUUUUAGAGAGAAAGCAGUUUAAGCCAGGCAACAGCAGGGGUGCAGAUGUGUGUGUGUGUAUGCUUGUGUGUGUGCAUGCACAUGUGGUUGUUCCAACAUGUGUGGGUUGUACUCAAAGUGAGUGCAUGUAUGUAUGUUAUAAGGUGUUCCCUUGAAAGUGCACUCCUGUACGGUUUAAAGGUAGGGCAUAGUUUGACACAUGAAGAAAAAUGUGACUUAAAAUAUGUGUAAUACUCAGAAAACGUCUCACUAUAUCUCCUCACAGCCUACAAUCAUUGACUCAUUCAGCAGUUUUAGAAACACAUGUCUGCCUUAUCUACCUUUAAUCUUUGUAGAUAAAAGAUCUCAACUGGGAACUUUUGCUGACAUACAGUAUGACUAAGUCACUACACCGUUUACACCUGUAGAGACCUGUAGAGGGUUCUUUGCACAGUGCUGAUAUUCUCUUAUUCUUAAACAAACUUUAAACUUUAGAAAAUGACACAGACAACGGCUUCUGAGUAUAUGCAAAAUAUAUUUUGUUAUGCAAUUGCAGGCAGACGUUAAUACAGAGUCAACAGGAUUUGUAUAGCUCUUCAUAAGUUCUGCAAAGUGUCUAGAACAAUCUCUGCUUUUUAUACUAGCACUCCCUUCCCAUAGCGUGAUGUUUUCCCCUGACUCUGAACUUACCCUAGCAAUCAACAAAGUAUUCUUCCUAAUCCUGUCUUCCCACAAACUCAGUGUCAGGGGGUGAGGUGUCAGACAAUAAAACCAGACAUGUCUAAAGACAAUGUGGUAAUUAUGGUUGCAGGUUUCUGAGAACUUUCUGCUGUCAAGGCUUCCAUAGUUUUUAAUAAUGUAAGCAAAUGCGCAUAAUACUUACUUACUUACUUUACUUUAUUGUCCCCAUGGGAAAAUGUUGUUGCAGUGUCAUGUACACAUUUAAAGUGGCGUUAAAUACAAAACAAGAUUGACAAUACAACUUUCAAUAACAGUCACGCACCAAUAAAAGUAAGAAAUAAGAAAUAAAACAUUUAAAACAUUUAAAACAAAGACUAGCCUGCUGGCCUUACGGGGUCAAUGGGAACAUUUGCCCGAGCUAUUUAAGAGGGAUAUCACACCUGGCACAAAUGAUUGUCUCGUUCUAUUUUUUCCUGCUGAGGGGUGCCCUAUACCUACGCCCAGAGGGGAGUAAUUCAAAGAUAGAUCAUAUAUUCCCCAUCAUUCCCCUCUUUGAGACUACUAAGUCUCAACAAAAUCUAGGAAUUUUAAAACCAACCAGUGAAAACAUAAUUCCAUACUAUCUCAGGUAAGUGCAACAUCAGAGAUUACGUAUAAUGGCUCCAGACAGCAACCCCACACAUCCUGUGCCAGACUUUGGCCCCAAAUACAAAUUACUUGUUGUUUUGUUCAGUGCUAAGAACUUAAAAGGACAUUUGUUGUUACUUAGUCUCCACCUUGCUAAAAAGGGAACCAGGGGAGAUAACAAUCUCCACCAAGGCCCAAGGAGGGGGUGACUUACGCACAGACAUUAUGGAGACAAGUGAUUGGUUCCCCAUUACUCACGCCAUCCCUUCACAUGGUUUGCAAUGUUUCCUUCUGACCUCCUUUGCCCUAUUCUCUUUCUGAUAUUCUGCAUAGCAACAGGGACAUGUGAUAGACAAGCCUGACUUCUCCCCUCUCUGGGCCCCAGGUGACUGAGGCCCAUAUAAGGGAGGGAGUGCAGCUGUCAACACCAGAGUCCAAAGGGAGACAUUCUAAUAUCAAGAGUUCAACAGUUCAAUCAUAAGCAUAUUCUGCAUAUAAGACAUCUUAAUUAUCUAUGUUACUUAACUAAUUAUGAUUCUCCACCACACUCUCUUUCUCAAGGGACUCCGUUCCUUCCGGAGACAUCAGAACAGUAACAUCUUACAUGGCAAUGGUUACAAUGAAAACCAAUAAAAUGAAUGAAUUAAAAACCCUCACUGUCGAGUACUCUAUUUCCAUGUAAGCUUCCUCCGUUGGGAAACUGAGUUUACAACCUUUAUUCCUCAAGACAUUAUCACAAUGUAAAAAAUUGAAAUGAGAAACAGAAAAUACAGAUUGCUAGACACACGCCUCAUCACAGCAAAUAGGACAGUCAUCUCUCUGAUAAAGAACGCAGUGAUAGGGGUCAGCAUGAUGAAAUCCUGGAGACGGUACAGAGACGGUACCUUUCUCGUAGCUUCACCCUAGGGGGGCGGGAGUAGCUGUUAUUUAAGUCCCGCUAUGGGACUGAGCGGACAUCAGUCGAGGCCAUGCCAUUUUGUCCUUCUUCCAGGACUGGUUGUCCUUGAGUCACUGUCCAUAUGGUAACUGUAAUGAGAAGGCUCAAGACAAAAUAAAAAUAAAACAUGAUGCGCAGAGUCUCCCAUGGCCAUCUAGUCCCUCGACGAUGACCCUGCGCCGUCCUGAAGUCCAUCAUCCCCCUAGUGGUAUGGCACCCUCCUGCAGUGGCUGGCGUGGAUCCACAUAGACCUCUCAGCUACUCAAACAGCGGUGGGGGUGGUCAGCAACACCUGGAACGGUCCAGUCCACCUCUGCUGGUUCCAAUGCUUCCUCCUCAGGUCCUUGACCACUACCCAGUCACCAGGUUGAAGCUUAUGUAAGGAUUCCCACCAGUGGCUGAGGCAAGGCUGCUUUCACCGUGGGAAAAAUAGCCUUCAUAACAUUGUUUAGAGCAGUGCAGUAACUUACCAUAUCGUCAUUGCAGCCCAUCAGGGUCAGCUUGUUCUGUGGAAAAAAUUCUCAUGCGGGGCCAGCCCAGUAGUUCUGUGUGCCCGCCCCCUCAUGUACAUCAAUGCGAGUGGCAUUACCGUGACCCAGGGGAGGCCCGUUUCUGCCAUGAGUUUCACCAUCUUAAUCAGUCCAAACAAUUCAAAAUAUGAAUUCUUACUUUCCAUUUUACUUUCCAAUCAACUUCCUAUUUCCUUUCACUAACUACAUAUAUGUUUCCUUUAACUCAGAAGCCCUCUCAAUCACCAUCACCCAGUACAUUUCUCUUCCCCUCAAAUACUUGUUUCCCUCUACAAUCUCUACUAUACUCUACCUCGGUCUUUCCGUCUAACGUUACUUUACCAGGUAAACAAAAAGUUUCAUGUGCCAACUUAGCAAGCUAGGGAAAACAAGAACGUGGCAGAAUUGGGAGCCCAGCCGGUCCCAACCACAGUUUCUGCACAUUGUCAUAUGUACACAGCCUCUUCCACUUCCUCAACUCGACAGGACCUACAGAGGAUUGCAAGUCAGAGAUGUCAGUAGCGGAGAAGAGAUUCAUAAUAGGAACCGAAAUCAUCUGCAACACAGGGGAAUCAGCAGAUGCAGCUGCUGCUUUUGCUUCCAGAUCUGCCAUUGUGUUGCCCUUGGAGACAGGAUCAAAAUAGUUAGUACGAGCCAAACAUUUACAUGGUGUACAGCAGUCUAUUAACAGACUGGUUAUACAGUGGACAGUCAUGGUUAGUCUAUUGACAUACAACUAUUUCAGAAGGGUGAAGAAUAGCUUUCAAUAGGUUAUCAACAAGUUGAGUGAGAAAUAGUUUCCCCAGAGGAUUUGAGGAACCCACGCUGUUUUCGCAAUGAUACAAGCUCCAUCAGAGCUGCACAGUCAUGGGUUUCUCCAUCCUUUUUUGUUGGCAACAAUGUAGCCUGAUUGAGCACAGUGCACCUUUUCAGGGCCACAUGAGACAUGGUUAGAAGCACAUUCUGAUAGUGUAGCAACCUCGCUGGAGUCAGAUGAGCAGUCCUAGCCUGUGAGAUGAGAGUAUCCACAGCCACCACCCUCAAACAACACACCAGACACUCUCGCCACACUGUCCAAUUGCUUAGAAUAGUAACACACGGGUCUCUGCUUUCCUCCAUGUUCCUGUGUCAAAACAGAGGACAUAAAACCAUUAUUUUCACACACAAUCAGAUUAACUGGUUUAGAGUGGUUAGGGAGCCCCAAGCAUGGGGAAGUAGUUAUGAGUUGUUUCAGUUCCGUCAGGGCCGUCAAACCCUCCAGGGGUCAGAUUUAAUAUGGGGGAUGGGCACAUUGUCAGAGAGGCUUGCUAGGAUAGUUGCACUAUUGGUACCUGUUUUAGUGGCGAUAUAUAAAAAUAUGCCUUGUUCCUUGUUAGUUUUAUCACAUCUCAUAAAGUGGAGAUAUCCACAGGUCAUAUCGUCCUCUGAUAGAGGCUUACCCAUAAUACCAAACAGCUCACCCGCUGAAGAAGGUUUCGGGAACAUCACUAUUCCGGACCCAUUUGUUGAUGCUCUCCUACCCAGGCCCUGCAGCAAAUUUACCCAGGAUUGGUUGACUUCAAUUGGUUGUUCUGUAUUUCCACCCCCAAGACUGAGGAAGCAAGCAGAGCACAGAUUAUUACACAUAACACAGCACAUUCAUGGCCCAGUGGAUGUGGAUCACGGCCUCCCCUCCUUCUGUCUCCAUGGAGUCCAUGCAGAUCUGUUGAGUCUUCAUCAGGUGGCAGGUUCUAGUCAUUCUUCAUUCUUUUGGUGGGUGCUUCUCCAUCUUCUGGCAGUGUGACAGGUGGUGCCAUCCCUGUCUCUCAGUCACUCUGACAGCCGUCGGGGUAGCCUGGAUCACUUGUUAUGGUCCCAUCCAUCCUGGCUGGUUCCAUUUUCGCUUGUGAACCUUCAGUUUCACCCAGUCUCCGAUUUGGACAGGGAUGUCGUCUUUAUCCUCUCCGGCUGGCACUUCCUGGGCUUUCCUAGAAUGAGAAUACAGAGACCUAACAGUAGAAGUUAGUUCCUUCAUAUAUCCUAACAGCUCAUCUUCCAGUCUAGUCAGGUCAGUCUGUUUGUCAGUCAUGGGCCUAUGAGAUGGGACAUUCAUGGGACGGCCUGUUAACAUCUCAUGAGGGCUAUACCCAGUGCCUCUGUUGGGGCUGCUUCGCAUUUUCAUCUGAUCUAUCCCCAGCAUAAGGGUAAUUUGGGCUAUGACAUCUUCAGUGAAAUGGGUGCCAUUGUCUGCAGACAAGGUUUCUGGGAUUCCGAAUCUAGGGAAUACUUCCCUUACCAGAAUUUUAGCUACUGUUUUAGCAUCACAGUGGGUAGUAGGAAAUGCCUCUACCCAUCUUGUGAAUCUGUCAAUUAUUACUAAACAAUAAUGCUUUCUCUCCUUUCUUUCAGUCAUAUCAAUAAAAUCCAUUGCAAUGUGUGUAAAUGGGCCACUAGGUGAGGGGAAAUGACCAGGUUUAAGUGGUGACCCCUUGGCAAUGUUGUAGUGUAUGCACAUGACGCAUUUAAAAAUGUGUUGUUUCACAUGUUCUGUUAAAUAUGGGCAAAACCAAUCUUGUGAAAUCUUGGUUACCAUAUCCCCUCUUGACAAAUGACACAUCCCAUGUGCCAUUCGGCAAACCGAUGGGAUAAGCUGUGUUGGCAACACAGGUUUACCUGAAAGGUGUUGUCUCCAGAGGCCAUCAGGGCCCCGGGAGCAACCUCUGGCCUCCCAAAGGGAGUGAGACGUGUGGUCAGUCGCCUGCUGUUGUUGCAAAUCAGCAACAGGUGAGGCCACAGCAGAAGCCAGAUACACAGCAUGGGUGUGAUACCUUGCAGCAGCUGCUUUAGCAGCAGUGUCAGCAAGGUCAUUUCCCUUACUUGCCUCAUCUUGAUUACCCGGCUAUUACAUAGCCGAAAUAAGAGCCAAAACAGAGUCCGAGUAAAUGUUAACUGUUUUUCCUUCAGCAGCCUCACAGGCUAUGGUGAGAGCUAGCAACUCUGCUUGUUGUGCAGAGAAAUGAUCAGGGAGGGACUGCUCUAUGUGUAGUGAUUUAUCUAUAGUUGUUACAGCAAAACCUGCAUGUUUCCUUCCUGUCGUCUGAUCAAUGUAAGCUGACCCAUCUACGAAAAGUGACAUGUCAGCCAACUCAAGAGGUUCAUCAAAUAGGUCGGGUCUUGCUUUUGCAUCAAGUUCGAUUAGUUCAGUACACACGUGUGGGGUUCCUUAGCCAGUUCCACCCCGGCCUCUUCUGAAGCCUGGCUGUGGUGCCCAACCCUCCUGGUCCACAGCAGUGGGGCACUGGUGUCUCAUAUGUCCAGCUAUACCACAUCCCCAGCAGACUAUAGGCUCACCUAUGUGCCUGCUCUGGUAGGUUUGAUAGGGCUGGAAUGGCUGUGGAUUACCAUAAGGCUGUGGUGGAAACUGUACCUGUUGAGCUGGGGCCGCUGCAGGGGGCCAUGGGGGUGGGACAGGUGUUGGAGCUGGUGCAGGUGCUGGAGUACUCAGCAUCAAUGUGUCUGGCUUGCUACUUUUCUCUAGUGCAGCCAGUUGGGCCUUCUGGAGUUGUGUCUGCAGGCCUGUUUUCUUAGAUUUGUCUUCAGCCUUUGUCUUUUUUCAGAAUUUACAGUGAUGUCUCAUAUAGUCCUUGCGGUUCCAGCCAACUACUUCUUACAGUUUCUGUUGUACUGACUCUGGCACGCUCCUGCAGGCUCUGUCAUAGAAUAGUUAUUCAGCGGUUAGGGUGUUAUCAUACCUUUCACCAAUCUCAUUUCUUCUUGUUUCUUCAUUCUCUCCACAUCAUAGUAGUAUUUCAGCUGCUAUUUUGUCUUCCAUGUCUUGUCUGGCUCUUGGAGAGAAGGCACCUUCUGUGUCUACUUCCCACCUUAUCUUGUACUCACUUUUAUUUUUUCCGUCUUUCCUCUUCGUACUCCCUUUCUCUUUUCCGUCUUUCCUCUUCAUCCUCUCUCUCUCUGUCCACUCUCCAUCAUUCUUCACUUUCCUGAUUAAUCUCUUCUCUCUUUCUCUCCUUCUUUCAUUUUGUUCUUCUUCCAUCACUGAUUGUCCUGUCCUGGUGUAGGGGUAUUUAGGCUUGGAUGCAGAGAGUGGCUUGGUUCUUGCGUCCAAGUCCAACUUACCCAGUUCUCUUGUCAGUCUUGUACCCAUUGAGGGCCCCGGACCGGGGUUUGUGUUCCUUUUCCGGUCUCUUCCAGGGUACCUCUGAUUAUUAUAUUUUUCACCUUGGCUUCUGAGCCGGAAUUGUCCUGCCUCAAUGGGAAUACACCCCUUUUGUAACCAGAGUGGUCGUCUUCAUAUGGAGAGGUGGUGCUGUUGGGAGUGCUUAGUAGACUUUCUUAUAGGAUGUCACACCAGAUUUCUCCUCUUGUUCUUUCUUCUCGUCUUCUUCCCUUUUUUCCACUGUCUGCAGAUGGGUUAUCCUUGAACGUGCCCAAAACACGGUCACCUCUGACCGGAGUAGUGCAGAUGGGUUAUCCUUGAACGUGCCCAAAAUACGGUCCCCUCUGACCAGAGUAGUUGUAAAACAGUUAGAGAUACCAGUGUGGCUUUUUUUCUCUGACAUUUUCUUGUCUUGUUUUCUCUUCUCCACUAUAUCAUGGACGAUUCUUGUCAAAAGACCCAUCUUUGGGAAACCGAAAUUCCCAGUGACUAAUUGUCCAUUCAUGCUAUUUCUUGAAUAUCCAUAUGAGAUCUCUCUGGAGGGUGUCACGAUCGUCAAAAGGAUUGGACCAAUGCGCAGCGUGGAAUGCGAACAUACUUUAUUAUAUAUUCACCACACGAACAAAAACAACAAAACGAUACGUGAAGUCCUUGGUAACAAACACAAACCAACACGGAACAAGAUCACACAAUACACUGUGCCAAACAGGCUGCCUAAGUAUGGUUCCCAAUCAGAGACAACAAGCAACAGCUGAUUCUCGUUGCCUCUGAUUGAGAACCACCCCGGCCAACAUAGAUACACAUGAACUAGAUCCUAACAUAGAAACACAAACACAUAGAAUCUACACACCCUGGCUCAACAUAUAAGAGUCCCAGAGCCAGGGCGUGACAGUACCCCCCCCCCCCCCCCCCCCCCAAAGGCGCGGACUGCGACCGCGCCUAACAUAAACCGAACAGGGGAGGGCCGGGUGGGCAUUCCUCCUCGGAGGCGGAUCCGGCUCCGGGCGUGACCACCACCCUCUAAUAACCCCCCCGUAGUGCCCCUGGUCUGGUCUGGCCCCGCUGGCUGGAGCUGGACUGGACAUCGGUGGAGCGGAUUGCUUAGGCUCCGGUGUGAAGCAGCUGACCGGUACCUGACCAGGCACCGGUGAACCGGGCACGGGCCGGACCGGGCUGACGACGCGCACCCCUGGCUAGGUGCGGGGAGCAGGAACGGGCCGGACCGGGCUGACGACACGCACCACUGACUUGGUGCGGGGAGCAGGAACGGGCCGGGCCGGGCUGGCGACGCGCACCAUAGGCUUGGUGCGGGGAGCAGGAACAGGCCGGGCUGGCGACGCGCACCAUUGGCUUGGUGCGGGGAGCAGGAACAGGCCGGGCCGGGCUGGCGACGCACACCACAGGCUUGGUGCGGGGAGCAGGAACAGGCCGGGCCGGGCUGGCGACGCGCACCAUUGGCUUGGUGCAGGGAGCAGGAACAGGCCGGGCCGGGCUGGCGACGCACACCACAGGCUUGGUGCGGGGAGCAGGAACAGGCCGGGCCGGGCUGGCGACGCGCACCAUUGGCUUGGUGCGAGGGGCAGGAACAGGCCGGGCCGGGCUGGCGACGCGCACCAUUGGCUUGGUGCGAGGGGCAGGAACAGGCUGGACCGGGCUGGCGACGCGCACCAUUGGCUUGGUGCGAGGGGCAGGAACAAGCCGGGCCAGGCUGGCGACGCGCACCAUUGACUUGGUGCGAGGGGCAGGAACAGGCCGGACUGGGCUGGCGACGCGCACCAUUGGCUUGGUGCGGGGAGCAGGAACAGGCCUGGCCGGGCUGGCGACGCGCACCAUUGGCUUGGUGCGGGGAGCAGGAACAGGCCGGGCCGGUCUGGCGAUGCGCACCACAGGCUUGGUGCGGGGAGCAGGAACAGGCCGGGCCGGGCUGGCGACGUUCACCAUUGGCUUGGUGCGAGGGGCAGGAACAGGCCGGGCCGGGCUGGCGACGCGCACUAUUGGCCUUGGUGCGAGGGGCAGGAACAGGCCGGACCGGGCUGGCGACGCGCACCAUUGGCUUGGUGCGAGGGGCAGGAACAGGCCGGCCGGGCUGGCGACGCGCACCAUAGGCUUGGUGCGGGGAGCAGGAACAGGCCGGACCGGGCUGGCGACGCGCACCAUUGGCUUGGUGCGGGGAGCAGGAACAGGCCGGGCCGGGCUGGCGACGCGCACCAUAGGCUUGGUGCGGGGAGCAGGAACAGGCCGGACCGCACUAGGAACACACACCACUGGCCUUAUACGGGGAUCAGGAAAGGGCCGGACCGGACUGGCAACACACUUCAGUACCUCUCGCCGUGCCUCUACACUUUCCCUCCCUCUAAUCACCAAUGGCUCCCGUAACCCGGUGGCCUUCUCUCCUCGUCCACAAACUCGCUCUUUAUCUGCCUCCAGCAGCCCCGUCGCCCAUGCCAUGUGCCCCCCCCCUAAAAAUGUCUUGGGGGUGCCUCUCGCCUGUCCGACGACAACACUGUUGGCGCCGUACCUCCUCUCUCGCCAGGGCUUUAACCCUUGCCCAUGGUCCUCUGCCCUCGAACAUGUCCUCCCAGGACCACCAUUGGCCCACCUGGGCCAUCGCCAACUUCUCUAGCUCCCUACCCGGCGUUUGCUCCGAAACACGCUGCUUGGUCCAGUUCUGGUGGGAUCUUCUGUCAUGAUCGUCGAAAGGAUUGGACCAAUGCGCAGCGUGGAAUGCAAACAUACUUUAUUAUAUAUUCACCACACGAACAAAAACAACAAAACGAUACGUGAAGUCCUUGGUAACAAACACAAACCAACACGGAACAAGAUCCCACCAUACACUGUGCCAAACAGGCUGCCUAAGUAUGGUACCCAAUCAGAGACAACAAUCAACAGCUGAUUCACGUUGCCUCUGAUUGAGAACCACACCGGCCAACAUAGAAAACACAUAACUAGAGACUACCAUAGAAACACAAAACAUAGACACUACACACCCUGGCUCAACAUAAAAGAGUCCCUAGAGCCAGGGCGUGACAUCUACAUGCUUUGUAAGUAGGAAAACCUGCAAAAAAAGCCUGUAUCAAAUACUUGUUCUCCCCACUGUACAUAUUCACACCUAGGAAUUUCUAACUAUCACCUAGGUGAUCUUUGUCAGUUUCCAACAGGUUUAUCAAUUAAGAGUUUAUUAAUAAAUCAAUAUACACCACAAUGUAGGUUUUGUCUCUUAAAUGAACAGCAUACUGUGAUUGAGGCGCCACUUACGUGUCAGAAAGAGUCAUCAACCACACAGUGCUUUGUUCAAACUACAGACUUUAGAUAUAACAGGCGUCUGCUUACCCUUAAGUAAUUAGUUGCGUGGCACAGUGGGUCCACGCUCACUCCAACGGCGGGUGGUCACUCACUCCUGGCAAGCUCGCCAAAAUGUAGAGGGUUCUUUGCACAGUGCUGAUAUUCUCUUAUUCUUAAACAAACUUUAAACUUUAGAAAAUGACACAGACAACGGCUUCUGAGUAUAUGGUAGAGCACGGCGCUUGUAACGCCAAGUUAGUGGGUUCACCCCCGGGACCACCCAUACACAAACAUUUAUGCACGCAUGACUGUAAGUCACUUUGGAUAAAAGCGUCUGCUAAAUGGCAUAUUAUUAUUAUUAUUAUAAGUUCUGCAAAGUGUCUAGAACAAUCUCUGCUUUUUAUACUAGCACUCCCUUCCCAUAGCGUGAUGUUUUCCCCUGACUCUGAACUUGCCCUAGCAAUCAACAAAGUGUUCUUCCUAAUCCUGUCUUCCCACAAACUCAGUAUCAGGGGGUGAGGUGUCAGACAAUAAAAACAGACAUGUCUAAAGACAAUGUGGCAAUUGUGGUUUCAGGUUUCUGAGAACUUUCAGCUGUCAAGGCCUCCAUAGUUUUUAAUAAUGUAAGCAAAUGCGCAUAAUAAAUAAUAUAUUCCCCAUUAUAGCAUUUCUUUCACAUGAUCCAGCAAUUUGUGUCUGGGCAAGUGUGUCUGGGUAUGUGUCAUCUAAUACUUAUAAAAUAUAUUUGUCUGGACACUUUCUGUUUUUGAUAUUGCUACUAUGCAAAUAUGCAAAUAACCAUUUCACUGUACUGUUUACACCUUCUGUAUCCUAUACAUGUGACAAAUAAACUUUGAUUUUAUUUGAUAUAGUGUGUGUUUACCAGAGACGGUAAUGUGAAGAACAACAUGACCUGCACCAAAGUCAGAUUAGGAUAUAGGCCUAGAUUAAGUGUAUUUUUACCUGAUAAUUUUCCUUUUUGUAGGCUACUAGUUUGACCAUUUUAUGUCUUAAAAUCUUUAUUAUACAACUCACUCUGUUUAGCACAUGGCCUCACAUGUGAAUCCUUAAAAAGAUGGGUGGGGCUAAGGCUUAAGAGGGUGUGAACGAUGCUGAAUGGGUAUAGACAAAGAAGAGCUCUCCAGUAGGUGUACCAAAACAUUCAAGGGCCAUUCUCUCAAAAGUGGGGUUACAAAUGUAUCAACUUUCAAACAGAAUUACUUUCCCAUUAUUCCUCAAAUGCAGUGUAUGAUAUACCAUUUUGUAGCUCUGAGUCUCUACUUUUUUACUUUCAGGGGCUGAGUCCGGGGUUUUUGUGUCUUUUAUUUGCACAUUGUAAAUGAACAACACAUCCAGACAACUUACAACAAUCAAUGGAAAAGGUCAGAUGAAGUAACCUCUCUCUCUCUCUCUCUCUCUCUCUCUCUCUCUCUCUCUCUCUCUCUCUCUCUCUCUCUCUCUCUCUCUCUCUCUCUCUCUCUCUCUGUGCAUCUGUUUCUAGGGUCCUACUGGUCCACAUGGAAACUCUGGCCUGCCUGGUCUUCCUGGUCCCA